AUGGAUGCAUGGAUCAGGAUUUUUAAAGCCCUAUUGUUGAAGAAGAAGUCUUGCCUUCAGAAUGAGCUGAAGCUUCAGGAAGCUCCUUUGAACACCCGAGUUGGACAUUUCCAAAGGCAAAAGCGAGACAUUCGAAUCAACGAGCUUGAAAAAGAGAACUCCAUUAAAGAUUCAAAGAUCUCAGAACUUCAAGCCAAUCUCGGUGGUCUAACUACUCUAUCCUUUGACAUGACACAACACCUAAUUCAAAAGUUUAGUGAUGAAUUUCAACCUUUGAGCACUGAGGGAGAAAAGAUCACUGCUUCUAGUUCAGGUCCCGGCAAUCCAACUUCAUAG